CCAUUUUGUGCGACAAAAUUCUAUCUAAGAGCUUGCUUUCGGAGUGACUGGUGGUGUGGCGGAAUCUUAUUUAUUUUUUUCCAUUUACAAGCGCAUAUUCUCUUAACCAAAAUAUUUAAAAAUAUAACAAAUAAAUCGGUAAAAAAUGGGUGAAGAUUAUAAUGGAGACAGAGAUCGACAAGAUCGAGACAAAGACAGGGAUCGCGAAAGAGAUCGUGACAGGGAUAGGAGGCACAAAUCUCGUAGCAGGGAUCGUAGAAAGAGAUCUCGGUCCCGAUCUAAAGAUCGCAGAGAUAGAAAACGAAGUUCUUCACCGAAAAAAAGUCGAAGCUCACGAAGAAGAAAACCUUCACUUUAUUGGGACGUUCCACCACCUGGUUUUGAGCACAUUACACCACUGCAGUAUAAGGCAAUGCAAGCCGCUGGUCAAAUUCCAGCAAAUAUCGUAGCAGAUACUCCACAGGCAGCAGUUCCAGUCGUAGGCAGUACAAUUACUCGACAAGCCAGAAGGCUUUAUGUAGGAAACAUUCCUUUCGGAGUAACAGAAGAAGAAAUGAUGGAAUUCUUCAAUCAACAGAUGCACCUAUCUGGUCUAGCACAAGCUGCUGGCAAUCCCGUGCUUGCUUGUCAAAUUAAUUUAGACAAAAAUUUCGCUUUUCUUGAGUUCCGCUCGAUAGAUGAAACGACACAAGCAAUGGCAUUCGAUGGUAUCAACUUCAAAGGACAGAGCUUGAAAAUUAGAAGACCACAUGAUUAUCAACCAAUGCCCGGAAUGACAGACAAUCCAAGCAUGAACGUGCCAGGUACGGUUCCGGAUUCACCGCAUAAGAUCUUCAUUGGUGGAUUACCCAACUACUUAAACGAGGAACAGGUGAAAGAGCUGCUGAUGAGCUUUGGUCAACUUCGAGCAUUCAAUUUGGUGAAAGAUUCAGCGACAGGACUUUCGAAGGGUUACGCAUUUUGCGAGUACAUUGAUGUAUCAAUGACUGAUCAAGCAAUAGCUGGACUCAACGGUAUGCAACUAGGUGAUAAAAAAUUAAUUGUUCAACGAGCUAGUGUAGGAGCAAAGAACCCAAUGAUUGGAACACAGGCUCCUGUACAAAUUCAAGUUCCUGGAUUGUCCAUGGUUGGUACCAGUGGGCCUCCAACAGAGGUAUUAUGUCUUCUUAACAUGGUAACACCAGAAGAAUUGAUGGAAGAGGAAGAAUAUGAAGAUAUUCUGGAAGACAUUAAAGAAGAGUGUAAUAAAUAUGGAGUGGUACGAUCAGUAGAAAUUCCUAGACCAAUCGAAGGUGUUGAUGUUCCAGGAUGUGGUAAAGUAUUUGUUGAAUUCAACAGCGUAAUUGACUGUCAAAAAGCUCAACAAACACUUACUGGUCGUAAAUUUAAUAAUCGAGUAGUGGUAACUUCAUAUUUUGAUCCUGACAAAUACCACCGACGAGAAUUUUAAAAUGUUCAAUAAUAUUUACAAUAGAAUACAAUAAUUUUUUCAACGAAUACAAUCUACAAUUGAUAUUACAACUGUCGAAUUAAAUUGUAUAAUGUAUAUGAGUGAUCAUUUUUUACAGAUGUGAGAGUCAUUGAGUGUAUAAAUCACACAUUGACAAUUUCUUUAAUAUAUAUUAUCAAUUCUUAAAUUUGAUCAUUACUCUACGAAUGUGUAUUUUUAUUCAGUAAAUGUAUUACAUAUGUAUAGAACUCUACCGAAAUUAGUUCUCAAAAUCGUAUCAUGUAUACAUGAUCAAAAAAAAAAUGUGGCCAAGAGUUGCUCAUUUUCAUUGAAGGAAUUUUACUUGUUAGCUUUGACAAAACAUCGGCAAUUAUUCCUUCCAUCAAUACCAAUCGUUGAUAUAUAUGAAUUCUUUCGUGGUAAACGAAGUAGUACAAUUUGUUCAGUAAUAAGAGAAAUUUCAGAACUCUGCUUAAUUGAAGCUCUAGCAGCAAUCUUUUCUCGGUGUUCAAAAAAAAUCCAAAUUUUGGCGGCAGCUAGUAUUGUUGAAGACUGAUAAUGUUCAACAUUAUUCACUUCAGCUUCAGAAGUAGAAGCAUGAAGAGAUUUUUCAGAAGUUGAAGAAGUAUUCUCCGAUGUUUUAUUUUUCUUUCAUUCUUGCAAUGAUGAAUGAUACUUCUUCCCACAUUUUUUACACCUUAGUGACCAACAAGAUGACGAUUCAUGUGGUUUAAGACUUUCGUUAGGUAGAAUUAUCAGUGCCUGUUUGUCUGAGUCACAUAAAUUUGUUUAAAAUAUGAUGUAGGAUAUACUAUGUUUCAUAUAAAUUAAAGUAUCUUUGUUUAUGUAGUCAAUAUUAUACUUUUUAUUAUAAAA